CUGGUAGGCCAGUCCCUCCCGCCCCAGCCUCCUGCCACCGUCCAAUGGCCGAAGGGCAGGGCAAGCUGAGCAAGCCGCUGCAGCCCAGCCGGCUCCCCGCCCUGUUCCCGGUUCCGCAGCCGGGCUCCGGCGGCCUUUAAAUGCAGCCCAGAGCCAGCACGGCGCACCCUCGACUCCUUUUUCCUCGGGCAGCAGCACCCCGAGGAAGAAAGCAGCCUCGACUCGGCAGCGCGGUCCGGGCUGCGGCGGCCACCUCCGACCUCUGGGCCCGCGCCGCCUUCCCGGCCUCCGCCUUCUCCUCCCCCUCCCCCCGGCCCCGCCAGCCGGGUCGGCGCCGGGCCCCCGGGAGUGCACGCCCGCGCGCCCGUGUGUGUGUGCGCGCACGAGCCAGUCUCGGACCCGCGCCCCCGCCCGGCGCAGGACCGCCUCUGAAGCCCAGCCCGCGCGCCGUGUCCCACGUCCCCCACCGCCCGGCCGCCAGCCGCGCACCCCGCCGCGCCGCGCGAGAAGAUGGCGGGGUCGGUGGCCGACAGCGAUGCAGUGGUGAAACUAGAUGAUGGGCAUUUAAACAACUCCUUGGGCUCUCCAGUUCAAGCCGACGUGUACUUCCCACGACUGAUCGUGCCAUUUUGUGGGCACAUUAAAGGUGGCAUGAGACCAGGCAAGAAGGUAUUAGUGAUGGGCAUCGUAGACCUCAACCCUGAGAGCUUUGCCAUCAGCUUGACCUGUGGUGAUUCGGAGGAUCCUCCCGCCGAUGUGGCAAUUGAACUCAAAGCUGUGUUCACAGAUCGGCAGCUACUCAGAAAUUCUUGUAUAUCUGGGGAAAGGGGUGAAGAACAGUCAGCGAUCCCUUACUUCCCAUUCAUCCCAGACCAACCGUUCAGGGUGGAAAUCCUUUGUGAGCACCCACGUUUCAGAGUGUUUGUGGAUGGACACCAACUUUUUGAUUUUUACCACCGCAUUCAAACGUUAUCUGCAAUCGACACCAUAAAGAUAAACGGGGACCUCCAGAUCACUAAGCUUGGCUGACGUUGUUUAAACCACGUCUGUUUCAGAUAGCAUCAGGUGCCACAACUAUAUGACUGCUGGUCUGGAAGAAGUGUCCUAGCAAGAUCUGAAGACUUAAAAAGAAAACAAAAACGAAAAGGGAAACUUCACCGUCUCUUCUUUCUGUGCGGUUUAAACCCAAAAUGACUUCAAUGGUGGUUUGCCCUUAGGAAGCUGUCGGAACAAAGACACCGAGCCAUUAUUUCCAGAACAAAGUAAUACGCUUACGCUGGAUUUUAUUCAGACUAAACUGAACUGGAUUUGUGAUUUGGUAGUAAGUUAUUCAUCGUUUCAAAGCUGAUGUUUAGAACAAAAGUGCUAAAGACUUAAAACAACAACAACAAAGACGGUACACAGAAGUCAACUCAUUUCUGCACUGAAGUGUGUAGCACAACCGACAUUUUAGUCAGGGUAUUUAACAUAGAAUGUAGGUUGUUCAAGGUUUGUUUUGUUUUGUUGCACAGCAUAAUGUUAAUUCAGAUUUUUAAAGCUUUCUUGUAGUUAUUUAUUUCUACUCAGUGUAUGAGAGAAUGAUUAAUGUCUCAAGAACAGCAAGUUAUGAACUUUUGAAUGUACAAUUAUCUUAGGUCUGGGGGGAAAAUUACCUAUUCCAUCAUGAUAAAGGUGAAUUUCUACCUUAAAGAGUUGAGUCUUAUCCUCCAUACCCCUAAACUUAGGAUAUCUUGAUAUAAAUUGCUGUAAGUGCUUUUGGGAAGGCUUUGCAACGUUUCAUAAGACUGCUUUUCAAGUUAUUGAUGAUUAUUUACAUUGCUUUUUCUCCUUACUGUGAAUUAGCACGGUAUUGGCUUCCUUAAGACUAACUGCUUUUCCCUAGACCUACAUAAUAGCUCAUUAAGUUGUUAUUAAGCUAAUUGAAAACACGUAAGAAGUGAUUGCAUAGACAAUUUUUAAAUGACUAUUAUAUAAACUUUUGAAAGUACAGUAUGAAAAUGAUUCUGGAAUGCAAUGGAAAGCAGAAGCAAAUGGCCCCAAAUAACUUACCCGGAAAUAAUUUAUAUCAACUUAAGCUGUUAGCUCAUUGUAUCACUUUUAUUAUGUGACCCUCACUGAUAUCCCUAAGCAAUGCCUUUGGAGCUUCGGAGUAGAGGGUGCUUCCUACUGUGUUGGCUCUGCUGAGAUAUUAGGAUAAGACAGAAUCCAAAUUAGGAAAUGAUCCAGUUAGUUUAUCUGAAAAAUUAAUUCCCAGGACUCUAGGUCUUUGAGUCCAGCCAAUAGUGUGAAUGCUCCCAAUUAAGCUUUAGGUGUUUCCCUGUACUUGUGGAACUGGUUAGACAGCAGGGAGUCUCUAGGAGAAGCCUGCAGUGAUACAGAUGUCACCACACAGCAAGGGAUAGUUGGAGUCCUGGGUGCUGGAUUUCACAAACUCUACUGGCCCUGGAGAGAAGGACCCUUGGCAUUGCUUUGGUCAGCUGGUGGGGAGAAGAGGGGGUGCUGGGGUGGGGUGUGUAUUUAUAUAUAAUUUAGGUUUUGUCUGUAGAGCAUACUGCGUCUUGUUAUGACACGUCCUUCUCCUGCUUUGCUUUUGAGUUUCUUUACACAACAUGCAGAGGCACUGAAGUGACCAUGUCAUAUUCAUGUGUCGAGAAUGUAGACAGUGUUUCAGUACCAAAGUCUAAGAAAAAGCAAACUGAAAUCAUGAAUUUUUUAUAGGUGAUAUAUUUGGAUUCUUCUCAACUUUUAAACUGUUCAGCACAGUUCCACUGUGUUAUAUAAGAAGAUGCUUUAUCCAACAAGGCUGGCUGAGUAUUGAAAAGCUAUAUGUACCAGCUGAGUUAAGCAGCCAUAUUCAGCCAGGAGGGCUGUUCUGUGGCUCCGGCUAUUUUUGAGCCUGUGAUUAACUUGUAGAGCCACUAGGUUUUGAUGUGUGUUUGUAGAGAGACUUAGAGGGCACCCUGAAAUAUAUUGGUAGGGGUUUUGAUUCUCCUUAUGGUGGAAGACCCCCACAGGAGGUUUCCUUUGAGUGGCCAUCCAUUCCCACCCACUGCAUAAUUCAGCAGAAACUAGAGGAGUUGGGAGUGUAACUGUUUGGAACUGACACUGUUCUGUCUACCUAUCAGCUAACUGGUUAGCAGCCAAGCCCUUAGGCAGCCUAGUGUAAAGAUUCACUGUUAACCCUUCAUUUCUGUAUGGGGAACCUCUUGGUUAAGCCUACUGGAAUUAAUCUAAAUGAUGCGAUGAUUUGAUUCAGGUGUAGUUAAAUUAGCAAGGGGCUAAUCCAGCUGUACUAAUCAUUAGCUGUAAACUGGAAACAAUGUUCACAUCCUCUCAUCAGCAUGCGAGGUCUAAGGUGGGAGUUCAGGAUGGAAAGUGCAAUUUUAAGCUUCACAGGAAAGCAUUUCGGUAUGUAAGGUGUUAUUUCUGACCAGAGCCCUAAUUUUGCAAUAUGACCAAAACCAAGGAACAUAGAUAACAAUCAGGCUCUGGGGGAAUAAUAGGCAGGCUUUAGACAAUCUGUUCAUUUCUGCAUCAAAAUUGGAGUGAAUGUAUAUAUCUACUUAAAAGUUAAUAGAAGUGACUUCUACUUUCUGGGCUAUCCCAGAAUUGUCUUAAUUUUUUUUUUUUAAUUUGAAACCCCAUUUCAUAUCUUGCCAACCUCAGUUCAAAACCUCCUAAGAGAUGACUCUUAGAAUUAUUGGUGAUUUGUUAAAAUGGCAAGUCCUUUCAUUUGUAUUAAAAAGCAAAUAUCCAAAAAGAGGGAGGGAGCCCUGUUGCCUUGAGAGAAACAGCCUUGGCAUUUUCCAGCUACGUUAUUAAUGUAGAAAUAAUGUUCCUAUGAUGACAUAUUUUCGAAGAAACACUUUCUUAUUUACUGCGUGGUGUAAAAUGUUGCUAAAUGUGUUCUUACAUUAUUAUGUCACUGCUGAAAGUUAUUUGCACUAUAAUAAAGGAAUUUUCUACAAAA